CCUACUUAGUUCACUGUCACUGUUGUCCUAGAUUUCUGCCACUGACUUUCAUCUUUUGGUGCUCAGUUCCUACAGACCUCCUGUGAGCUCCUCACCUCACUGCAUGCAGGAGGCCACGCUUUCAGGCAGAAGAGAGAGCUUGACACUGGCUUCUUCUCCACCAGCCCAGUCAGUUGACAGAACACUGCAAAUGUGACAUGUGGAGUAACUAAGGGACAGUUCUGAUGCAGCGAACCAAGCAGGAAUGUGGAUGCCUUUGAACAACUUGGAUAACCCAAGCCUGUGGAAUUCUCCGGAGGACUACUUCAAAGUUCUUUCCUUGUCUGUGGAGAGUCAGCCAGCCGCUUGUAUUUGUAUUUCCUUGUCGAUAUAAUUAAAGCUACAGCCACAGGAGACCUGAUGAUGGAGUGUGGAUUUUAAGUGUUGCAAUUUGUCCUCUGUGACUCCUUGGGUAGCAACAUAUGGAUUUAUCCCAGAUGUCACAGAUUAUUGAAAGGACUCUCACUGAGAAGGAAGAACAGUCAUAGUAGAAAUUAAGUCUAAAAAAUAACCAGCAUUUCCUGAGAGCUCUGCAUGCCAGAGACAUCGUUACUCCUCACAAAGUCAUUGUGCUAUCAAAAAUAUUUUGCCAAAAGUGGAUUGUCUUUGAAAACUCUAUUUGUUUAUUUGUUUAUUUUUACCACUGCACAUGAGUUCGAUGCUCAAGGGGAAAAACAGAUUACAAAUUAAAACCGCAAAAUGUGUUCCAAUGUUCCAAACCCCACCCAUGGCUGCAUUAGAAUGUGUACCUUUCGGUGAACAGAUGCAUGGCACAGGCCUCCCAUCAUUCAGCUACCGAGAUGAGUAAUGAAAGAGCCACCUAUGUAGAACUGAAGGUGUCCAAGGAUUCAAGGAACCAGAAAAGGCAACCAAGGGGCACCCGCAGCUCCAUCUCAGUAACUGAGCAGGAAAUCACCUAUGUGGAAUUCAGCUUUCAAAAUACUUCUCCAGAGCAUCCCUCAGUCUGCAGGGACUAUUGCUGCAAAGGUUUUCCAUCUCCUCUGGAAAAACUCAUCACUGUGAUCCUGGGCAUCGUCAGUUUUGCCUUAAUGGUCGCUGUGGUUUUAAUUACUACAGUUGCCAAACCUUAUACUGAACCAAAGGAGCAGAUCCAACCCUCCCUGAACACAAAUCCGAAAGAUAAUAAUCUUUCUUCAGCACAGCCUUGUGGUUCUUGUCCAAAGGAAUGGAUGUCAUAUUCCCACAGAUGUUAUUACAUUAGUGGGGAGAAAAAAAAUUGGCCUGACAGUUUGGAGUCCUGCAAAUCCAAAAAUUUUAGUCUGCUUUAUAUAGAGAGUGAAGAGGAGCAGGAAUUUCUGAAAUCCCUCUCACAGUUUGCAUGGACUAGCAUCUUUCGGGAAAGCAGAGAUCACCUCUGGGUUUGGAAAAAUGACUCAACUUUCAAACCAAAGAUAAGAGAAGUUACCCAUGUUGAACAAAACUGUGUCGUGCUGUCAUCCUCUGGCCUAACAGCGGAUAAGUGUACAGAUUUACAUACAUAUCUUUGUAAGCAUAAGCUCACCAACUAAAACACCUGCACUUGGAGGCGGUCAGAGAUUUCCUGCUCCCUUCAGAUGAACUUGUGGCUGGACUCCAAAGGAACAUCUUCUCCUUCAUGGUAGCAAAAACAAUGAUCACCUGUGAGAAGGUUUGAGAUGAUUAUAAGGAAGUUUUCACUCUGAGCAUUGCAAGUCUCUGUAUAUAGAUUUUCAUAUUUAUGUAAUUAAAAAUCUGUCAAAUAUUUAUUCAGAAUUUAUUAAAAGAACAAUGACAGUGGUUUUUAUAUCUAUAUGUUAUGAUUUUGUAACUCUAAGACAUGCCUCUGCAAACCUUUAUGAAGAUGUUGAUUAAUAUUUGUAACUUGUCACAUUAACUAUUGCAAUGUUUGGUAGUUUGGGCCCAUUAGGUUUUUAUAAUAUUGUCCUUCAAAAUUUAAUUUCUAUAGUAUUUUUGUAUUAAAUAAUUCUAUUAUAUAUUUUGAUAUUUUGAUAUAAAAUAUUUCAAACUAAUAAACUAAAAUACACAUUUGUAGACAUAUUAAUAUUUCAGAGUGCAUCUUUUAAUUAAGGUAAAACCAUUUCCUCAUCAAUAAACCCCAGCAAACACAAUAAUUGACAAAGUUCCAAUAUUUGCAAAGGUUUUUUUUGUCUUCAUCUCAGAUGAGGCAAAAGUGAUCAACACAUUCAUGGAAAAUAAACAAUAAGAUUUAGUCAAUGAAUUUUCACAGAUAAAGACUUUAGGAACACAUUUAUCCAUAUACAAUAUUGAAAGGAAAUGCUUGAAAUCACUAUUUCCUUUGGUACCAUUUGCCUCAAAUUUGCUACUACUUUUACAUGACACGAUUUAAACAAUUGUGUUUCAAAAGAGCCAUUUUGUGCCAUGAAUUUGGGAACUUUUGUUGUGUAAAUGUUUGUUAUCCUUACAUGGAGGCAGAUUUAGGGAUGUGUGCCUGACAUUUCUCUGUGAAUAUGU